CGCGUUCCCAUUAACUUUGUAGAGCAAUGUUUAUGUUAGAUUUUAAUUAAAAAUUAGAUUAAAAAUACCGGAAGCUCGUUCGUUCGGGCGUUGACGCGUCAUCUCGUCGAACAAAUUGAUUAAAAAGUUCCCAAAAAACGUUUUUGCUGCAUUCAAAUCAACAUCAAUAAAAGAAAUUUACCUCACUCGAAUUCCAAUCCAGUCGGAAUAUUGAACGAUGAUGAAGGACCGAUUAAUUUCAAUCGUCAUAUUGUCGCUCCUUUGUUUCGGUGUCACUCGAGCGCUCGACGACAAAGGUGACACUUUAUCGACGGACGAGCCAAUUAAAUUAGGCGAUGCGACCGAAACUGAGAAUAAUGAAAAUAAAUUAUUAGCUUGGGACGCGCCACUUGCGAAGGAAAGUGCUGCCGAUGACAGCGCAGGUUACAAUCCGCUUUAUCGCAUGCCAUUCACCGAACUUUAUGACAUCGGUGUCGGCGCCUAUCUCGAGAAUAAUUGGAACGAUUGCAUUGUUUACUUGGAAAUUGCGGUGCACGAAUUCAAAGUGUAUCGGCAGGCUGUCGUUAAUUGUCGCCUGCAGUGCGCGUAUCAAAGUGAACGCGAAGAGCCAUUUUACGAUGUGAAAUCGGACAAUUUGCAAUUUUAUGAUUUGAUGCUGAAGAGAACUUUUUGUCUCAAUAGUUGCUAUAAAAAAGUGCUGAAACCGCAAUAUUUGCCACCGUUUUUCGUCUCGCAGUAUUAUUUCGAGAGAUUUAACAAUUUGAGACCUUACGAGUAUUUGCAGCUUUGUUAUUAUCGGGAUACGGAAUAUGAAAAAGCGGCAUCAGCUACUUAUACGGUGCUCAUGCAUAACUUGGAAAACUCACUGCAAAUGAGCAACAUGCAGUUCUACUUGAAGGAACAGAAAGUUGACAUUUCAAAAGUCAAGGACUUGGAGGAACAGCCAUUUGUCCAGCAAUUCAUGGAUGGCAUGGAUGCCUAUCACAAAGAAAACUUUGAGCAGGCCAUUAACAUAUUGGAGGAAUCUUUAUUGAGCUAUCUCAUGUCGCAAGAUGAAUGUCGUGCCUUUUGCGAUGGCGAAUUCGAUCAUGCGGGAUGGCAACCCGAUUUUAUCUCAGCUAUUGGAAACCAUUUCAUCUACGGCCUUUAUUGCAAGCAAAAUUGCACGAGAGAUCUCAACAAUAUUCGCGGCGAAGCGUACGACAAUGUCCUGACGAUCCAUUACGAGUAUUUGCAGUUUGCCUAUUUCAAAAUUGGCGACAUUCAACGAGCAUGCCGUGCGGUGUCGAGCUUCUUGCUGUUUUAUCCGGACGACGAGGAAAUGCUUUAUAACGUCAAGUAUUACAGGACAGAGCAUCAAGCGGCAGAGAACUAUUUCAAGGCGAGAAGUGAAGCAACUCGUUUCUAUCAACGUGCCAUGUACGAAAAGAAGCUACUUCAGUACGCUUUGACCGAGUUUAAUCAACUUUAUGGCGAGGACAUGCGGAAAAGGGCAAUGGAAGUUCAACUACCGUCACUCUUGCAGCUCUAUGCCAAAUAUUCGACAAACGUGACUGACGAGCACGGCAAUGGAGCGUGUCUCUUCAAAAUUAGUACAAAUUUAUUCAAAAGUGCAGUUUUACAGAUGAACUAAGUUUAUAGAAAAUUUCAAUUUUUUUUUUCUCAAGUAAUUGUCUCCAGCGAACGACAAGCAAAGGUCUAACGAUGAUUAUUUUUACGGGUUCGCAACCAAUAAAAACAUUGCC